AGAUAAAAGAACCAAGAACAGGUCGGGCAGUAUUAAAAAGAAAAAGAAAAAAAAUCCAAACCCGGCAUAGCUCCGGUCAAGUAAUUGAUCUCUCCCGUUCGCACAGAGUUGGUUGGUUCUAGCUUCAGCCUGCGAAUUUCAUUGCUGAAAUCGGCGUAUUUUGGGAGUGAGAUGGAGAGUUUUGUCCGAUCAUGAUUGGUUUAUUUUGAUCCCACCCGAGGUGUUCAAGUAUUUCUCUUUCCUUCGUUUUCUAGCGAUCUCUCCACUGCAGCGGAGAAAAAAACAGUCAAUCUAGGGAUUUCUUUUCCAUUCAAUUUUGAUUGGUAUCACCUGUCAAUUAGCUCAAUCCUGAAAUCUCGAUUUUGCCAAUUUUGAAAUUUUAUGUUGGAGUUUCAUUGUAGUGGGAAAAUUUAGUGUUUUGUUUUAUUCCAGGAACUGAGGAAUCCUGAUCAGCUGAUAGAGAAAUGGAUUUAGUCACCAAGUAUCAGGGUGUUGUUGGACAACUUUUUGGCAAUGAUAGUUCCAGUUCAAAUGAAGACAGCUAUGUUGAGCGCUUGCUUGAUCGCAUAAGCAAUGGUACAGUGGCUGAUGAAAGGAGAAAUGCUAUCUUGGACCUACAGUCUAUUGUUUCCCAAAGUCAUGGUGGGCAACUAGCUUUUGGAGCAAUGGGUUUUCCUGUAAUAUUAAGUGUUUUAAAGGAGGAACGAGAUGAUGUUGAGAUGCUUCGUGGGGCUCUGGAAACUCUUGUGGCUGCUUUAUCUCCAAUUAGUCAUGGAAGAGUGCCAAACUACGAGGUCCAACCAGCUUUAAUGAAUAGUGACUUGCUUUCUCGAGAUGUACAAAAUAUCUCUCUUCUUCUAAGUUUGCUGUCUGAGGAAGAUUUUUAUGUACGGUACUACACACUGCAACUACUAACAGCACUUCUAACAAAUUCUGCAAAUAGGCUACAGGAAGCGAUUCUGAGCAUCCCUCGUGGUAUUACACGACUUAUGGACAUGCUUAUGGAUCGUGAGGUUAUUAGGAAUGAGGCACUGUUACUUCUUACAUACCUCACUCGCGAAGCUGAGGAAAUUCAAAAAAUUGUGGUAUUUGAAGGUGCCUUUGAAAAGAUAUUUAGCAUUAUGAAAGAGGAGGGAGGCUCAGAAGGAGGAGUUGUAGUGCAGGACUGCCUUGAAUUGUUGAACAAUAUCAUUCGCAACAAUGCAUCAAAUCAGGUAUUACUUAGGGAGACAGUGGGCUUUGAUUCUGUCAUACAAAUUCUGAAGCUCAGAGGUAGCACCUACAAAUUCACUCAACAGAAGACAAUAAAUCUUCUCAGUGUGCUUGAAACAAUUAAUAUGCUUAUAAUGUGGGGGCCAGAAACUGAUCCUGGAAAAGAUGCAAACAAGCUGACAAACAAAACAGUCUUGGUUCAGAAAAAGAUUCUGGACCAUCUUCUGAUGCUGGGAGUUGAAAGUCAAUGGGCUCCCGUUCCUGUGCGUUGUGCGGCACUCCAGUGCAUUGGUGAUCUAAUUGCCGGACAACCAAAGAAUCUUGAAGCACUUGCAACAAAAGUUCUAGGCGAUGAGCCUCCGAUGGAACCUGCUUUGAAUUCUGUACUUCGUAUCCUUCUUCGUACAUCCAGUAGACAGGAGUUUGUCGCGGCUGAUUAUCUUUUUAAGAGCUUUUGUGAGGAAAAUCCCGAGGGUCAGACAAUGUUGGCAUCUAAAUUAAUUCCUCAGCCAGUUUCAACUCUCUAUGCUCCUACCGAGGAGGAUGUUAACAUGACAUUUGGAAGCAUGCUGUUACAUGGUCUUACAAUGGGUGAAAGUGAUGGUAAUCUUGAGACAUGUUGCAGAGCAGCCAGUGUUCUUUCUCACAUUCUCAAUGGAAACACUCAGUGCAAAGAAAAGGUUCUACGGGUCGAACUUGAAGCACCUAUGCCCUCAUUAGGAGGCCCAGAGCCUAUAAUGCACCGUUUAGUGAAGUACCUUGCUCUCGCCUCAAUUAGAAGCAAAGAUGGAAAAUCAAACACAUCCAAGAACACUUUUGUUCAAGCUGUUAUCUUGAAACUGCUAGUUAUUUGGCUCUCAGAUUGUCCGAGUGCUUUGGAGUCUUUCCUUGAUUCACGUCCCCACCUAACAUAUUUGCUUGAGUUGGUGUCAGACCCCACUGCCACUGUUCCUGUAAGAGGUUUGGCUGCAGUACUAAUGGGACAGUGUGUUAUUUACAGUAAUGGUGCCGGAAGGGAUGCUUUAGGCAUAGUUGACACCAUUAGCCAAAAAGUUGGACUCACAUCAUACUUCCAGAAGUUCGAUGAGAUGCAGAAAAGUGUUCUUUUUACAUCUGCUAAGCCGUCUUUGGCCCGCAAACCACUGACGAGAUCUAAUGCUGCCAGCGUGACUGAGAUUGAUGACAUGGAUGAUGAGUCAGCUGAUCGAAGGACUGAUGAUCAUCCUCUGCUUGCAUCUAUCUUUGAUUCUCAGUUUGUCAAUUUUGUUAAACACUUGGUGGCCGAAAUUAGGGAAAUGACAGUGCAAGUGUACAGUCACCCAAAGAGCCAGGUGUCAGUUGUGCCAGCAGAGCUUGAGCAAACGAGUGGGGAAAGUGAUGGGGAAUACAUCAAGAGGUUGAAGAGCUUUGUACAGAAACAGUGUUUCGAGAUACAGGAACUUUUGAGUAGGAACGCGACAUUGGCAGAGGAUCUUGCCAGGACAGGCAGUGGCGAUUCUUCAUCUCAGGCGGAGCAUAGAGGCUUCAGGGGAGGAGGUUCAGAAAAAGUUCAAAUCGAGAUGCUUCGGAGAGACCAUCAGGAAGUCACCCAAAAGUUGGAGAGGUUGAAGGUAGAGAAGGCAAAGGCGGAAUCGGAUGCCGAGAAGUAUAGAGAUGUGGCGAGUAAGAUGGAGUCGGAGCUGCAGAGCCUGUCAGCCGCAUACAACAGUCUGGAAGAGGCGAAUGCACAGCUGGAGGAGGAAGUGAAGUGUUUGAAAAGCGGCGACUUGGAGGCGAUAAAGGCAGAGGCAAGGGAAGAAGCUCGAAAGGAGAGUGAAUCUGAGCUGAACGAUCUUCUCGUUUGCCUCGGACAAGAACAAAGCAAGGUCGAGAGGCUGAGCGGGAGGUUGAUUGAGCUGGGUGAGGAUGUCGAUAAAUUGCUAGAUGGCAUCGGCGAUGAUGCUGCCGGACUACUUGGAGGAGAAGAAGAAGAAGAAGAAGAAGAAUGAUUUGUGGGGGUGUUUUUGUCUUUUAUAAUCUAUUGCUCUAUGCUUGUAUUUAUUGGACAUCUUGUAUAUUUUUACAUCAUGAAAGUUAUUACUGAUUGAGUUUGUAUGAAACAAGAUUUACUUGAACAGAUUUACUUUGGUGGUGAAAAAUGACAAUGUUAUUACUCGAAAAAAUCGAGUUUAAAUGGUGCCAAAUUCUCUGCAAUUACUGUAAAAGGAUUGGAACAAACAUUCAGAGAGGAAAUGUAGGAAGAAAGGGGAACAAAGGAGUAACUGAGUAAGAUGAAAUAAAAGGUCCAACUUAUAUAUUUAAAAGUUACGUCAAAAGUUUAAGAAAAUAAAGAGUGAUAAGAAUAUUUUAUUUUAUCAAAUGACCAAUGAAAAAGCACAUCCGGCGGAGCUUGUAACAGUAAACAUGAACUAUUUUUUGGGAAUGAAGUGAGUAUUAUCUAAUCUACUAUAUAUAUAAAAGCCCAUGAGAAAUUUUUGCCAAUUUCAUUCCUGAUUUUCCCGCCAUAUUUACAUAUCCAAGGGAUGAGAAUAGUUUGCUACACGUGGCAUCAUCUAAUGAGAUCUCUAUCUUUUAAGACAUACAAUCAAUUCUGGACAAAAGAGGGUUAUCCCCACAGCUAGAAUUCCAGUACAUGCUAUCUCCAGAGAGCCAGUCCAAGCGAAGUGAACACAAGCCAAGUAGUUCACUGAAAAAUGACAAAAAAACUUUAUUUAGACUCUGAAUUUUUUCCAAGCGAAGUGAACACAUACCAUAAAUUUAUUUAGACUCUGAAUUUAACGAAGUUGAUACACAUGGAUAUGUGAUUGCCAUGGCUGCAGACCCAUUGUAAUCUAGAUUUUGCCAUCCCAAGAUACAAAUCACAAAUUCAACAUAUUUAAACUCCGUUUAUAAAUUCCAAAAAAAAAAACUAUCUAUGCUCGGAAUUAUUUUCCAUUGCUAAGCUAAAUGAUAUGAUUGUCAUGGCUGCAACGAUGAUCUCAAAGUUCGGGGUUGCCUCGCCAAGAUACAAAUCAUUUCGUUAAAUCUUCGUUAUUAGCAUUGGUAAAUACACAUUGAUGUCGUCACAGCCUCAUUAGAGAUGCAUCAUACUCUACUUAUAUAUAAAAGCCCAUAAGAAAUUUUUUCCAAUUUCAUUCAUGUUUUUCCUGCCAUAAUUAUGCAUCGAAUGGAUGAGAAUAGUUUGCUACACGUGGCAGCAGCGUAUGAGAUCUCUAUCUAUAAAGACAUACAAUCAGUUCUGGACAAAAGAUUAUUGUCCCACAUCAGG